AAAAGAUGUAAUAGGCGGUAGAGAAGUAUGUAACGUGGAGGAGUCGGUGAUAACUCAAAGCAAAGAGGAGAGGCGACGAUUUUACCAAUGAGAGCACACCACAGAGUCAUCAUCAUCCCUUUGAAUUGAAAUAUCAUUUUCAAUGUCUCCCUCUUCUUCUUUCACCUCCCUUGUAUUUGCUAGGAAAGUGCUAGGGACUAUUAUAACAGAUAUUGCUCUUUGUCCGAGUCCAACAACUCAAAGCUGGAACUUAUCAACAAAAGGAGGACAACUCGUAGCGUUUAAGGGCGGUGCAAGGUUCAUCCAAACAUCUUGUCGAAUCUCUGCACCUGGAACAUUCCCAGUAAAUGAUGGAAAACCACAGUUGAGGGAUAAGAAGGUAGUUCCUGAUGCAGAUCCUCCUAGUACCAAAGAUGUCAACCUUUUGUAUCAAUUUUUUGAAAAAAGUACCAAGCUCGUGGUAUUGACUGGAGCUGGAAUCAGUACAGAAUGUGGCAUCCCUGACUAUAGAAGCCCUAAUGGUGCUUAUAGUUCUGGUUUCAGACCAAUAACCCACCAGGAGUUUCUUCGUUCAACCCGAGCCAGGAGGAGAUAUUGGGCUAGGAGCUAUGCUGGGUGGAGGCAAUUUACUGCAGCACAGCCAUCUGCUGCUCAUUGUGCUUUGGCAGCUUUCGAGAAUGCCGGCCGAGUUGAUUUUAUGGUUACCCAAAAUGUUGAUAGGCUGCAUCAUCGAGCUGGUAGCAACCCAUUAGAAUUACAUGGGACUGUAUAUAAUGUAAUUUGUAUAAAUUGUGGAUAUUCCCUUUGCCGAAGCUUAUUUCAGGACCAGUUGAAGUCCCUUAAUCCAAAGUGGGCAGAAGCAAUUGAAAAUUUGGACCAUGGAAAUGCUGGGUCAGACAAAAGCUUUGGAAUGAAACAAAGACCUGAUGGUGAUAUUGAGAUUGACGAAAAAUUUUGGGAGGAGGAUUUUGCCAUUCCAACCUGCCAGAAGUGCAACGGCGUUCUCAAACCUGAUGUUGUCUUCUUCGGUGAUAAUGUUCCUAAGGAAAGAGCCGAUAUGGCAAUGGAAGCAUCUAGAAGUUGUGAUGCUUUUCUUGUACUAGGGUCGUCUGUGAUGACCAUGUCUGCUUUUCGACUUGUCAGGGCAGCUCAUGAGGCUGGUGCAGCUACUGCAAUUGUCAAUGUAGGUGUGACACGUGCUGAUGAUUUUGUGCCCUUGAAAAUCAAUGCACGAUUGGGUGAGAUAUUGCCAAGAGUACUUGACAUGGGAUCCAUCAGCGUACCUUCUGUGUAAUGAUAAUAGAUGUACAAAUUGUAUUUGAACCCUGUGUGUUGUUUGUAGUGUAGGAAUGUCAUUUUCCGACCAUAAUCACCUUCAAAUGAGAAUGCCAGCGUGUAGGUAGGAAUGUCAACUUCAAUAUUCAUGAGCUUUCAGAGUCUGGAGAAACAUGCUAAGCUUUCAGAAAUAAUAUCUGCAAGAGAUUAUGCUUGUUGGUGCUGUUUUCAUUAAAUAGCUUCAAGUCAAUUGAUUUUUAGUUAUCACAUUGUCACCGGUGACCUGAAAAGUUACUUUAAAUUCAGUUACUUGUAUGUUAUCUUAUUACGUGUCUCCCUUGUAACUGACUGAAGAAUUUAGUUCACAUGGAAAUAAAGUAAUUGAUAUUCA